GAGUUUGGUGAACAUUCGGUGUCGGUGAUGUUGGACGGCGAGGAGAGUGAGAUCAUGUUUAUUGACCACCCAGCUGAUGAGAUGACGGUGGAAAACUACCUGUCGACGUACGAGCCUCAUGCCUUCGUGGUGGUGUUCAGCGUAAUCGAGCGCGGCAGCUACCAGCGGGCGGAGGAGGUGCUGCAAUACCUAUGGCGCCUUGACGUCAUGACCAAUAAGGGUGUCAUUCUGGUGGCCAACAAAACGGAUAUCGUCAGGUCACGCUCUGUCACCUCCAAAGAGGGAUCCAAUCUGGCGGACUCCUAUGACUGUAAAUACAUCGAGACCUCUAGCGGCUUCAACCACCAGGUGGACGAGCUCCUGGUGGGGAUACUGAAACAGAUCCGCCUCAAGACGCACAACCCAGAGGUCACAGCCAGGAAGCGUAGCACCAGAAGAAAAAAGUACAGGGGUUCCAAAACGUCAGCAAGCCUCAAGGUGAAGAGCUUCCUGACGAAGGUGUGUGGCAAAGAGACCAAGAGCAAGUCCUGCGAGAACCUCCACGUCCUCUGACUUCUCUCUCUCUCUCUCUCUCUCUCUCUCUCUCUCUCUCUCUAUCUCUUUCUAAAUCUCAAAGUGGCCUUUCUACGGUGGAGGAAUAUGUAGACGACGGAGAGCACAGUCUGUCCUCAACUUGGUGCCUGAAAUGCAUAGGAAAUGGGUGCUUGAAUUUGUGUUUGAGACCCAUAGAACCUGGGCACUCUAUUUGUAUCUAAAAACAAACAGCAAAAAACAUAGGAAAUGUGUACACUUAUUUUGCUUGCAGAAUAUUGAGAGUGUGCGACUGAGAGCAUACAGGAAUCAAGCAAUUUGCUUUUGUAGAAAACACAAGUUAUCCGCUUCAGAAAUUUUUUUGGGGAAAUUUAUAUAGUGUGAGUUUCUUGCUUUAGUGUAUUAAAAAAAUAUUUUUCCUCGUUGAAAGACGUAAUCUCUCCUAAGUGUGAGAACAAGUUACGUUAUGUUUGAUGCAGGAAGGCAUAUUUAUCCAAGAUCUUCAAACUAGAUUUGCUUACAAAGUUUCAUUUGGCAGCUGUAGAGAACGGGUAGAUUUUACUUUCGAUCUUUUUCUCGUUACACUGUCUUUCUACAUUUAACAUCACUAAUUGAUAAGAAAAUCCGUGAAGCUUGUAGAACACAAACAAUCUUUAGACACAAAUAAUCAGAAACAAAUUGAGAGUUGCGGUUCACAAACGCGUAUGACAGCGGCAGAUGACAAGUAGAAGCAAACAACAUUCACAAUAAUCAUAAGAUAACUUUUUAAGGUAGUAGUGAUAUCUAUUAGUGUUAUCGUCACACCAAAGAGAUAGAUAAGACGUGAAUUUAUAGUCAUAAGUUGUUGUUCAAGCAAAGUUUGUUGCCAAGGCGUACCUUUUGGAAAACGAACCGUGAACAAAGUCACAAAAGUCAUUUGUUAUUCAGGCAAUACGAAUCAACCCAACUUAAUAUAACCAGCCCUAACAAAACGACUGUAGAGUAUUUGAGAAUUGAUUAGGUUAGAUUUAGUUUGGUUUGGCUCGUUUCGGUUUCUACUAAAACUUGUUUUAUAGUUCCGUUUGUGGUAUUAUUUCAUCCGUACAUUUUCCUAAAAGUUUACAUUCUGUUUUUAGGCGAAAUGAACUCUGCCUGUUUAUGCCGAGAUAGUAGAGAGGAUAAUAUUAUUAGUUUAAUAUGAUAAAGGUACGUAAGGAUUAUAUAUUAUAUAAAUUAUGUUUUCAAACUGGACAUUGAGCUAAGGAGUUUGUACAUGUUUUUUUAACAAUAAAAUAUAAUCUUAUGUGGUCCUUGACGGCUAGCUGGGUCAUUUCUAUUAAAAGUUUUUAUGAGUAAGCAAUUCGACUUGGGGCGGGAAAGAAUAUAUUAUGGUGUGUUAGGUAGUGUAUAUGUGACUAAAAUAAGCAGAAGCAUAUGUUGCUCUAACCAAAGAUUAUUUUGUGACUUUCUGAUAUCAGAAACAAACUACGAUGCUGUUCACAAUAUAUUUCUUGAGUAUAAAAAACAAGCAAUUUAAAGUAAGUAAUUUAGUUGUAGUUUCUUAUUAAACUUAACCAUUUUAACAGCCAAGGAAGGUCUUUAACUACUGUUCACUAAUCUUAGUUUCUACACUUGAAAACAACUUUUAAAAGUUGAUAAGUCAUUUCAAAAUAUUUUCCCUCUUUGUGUCUUUUAUGAUCGUUCUAAAUCUUUCUUUCAAUUGUAUAUUUAGUAUUCUCCGUUUUGUGUUAUUUUAUAUCUUUCUUUCUCUGCCUUUGAUUUAUUUAAAUAUUUUUCACCAGUAUGUUUCUUUACUAUGAUAGUUUUCUCUCUCUUUCUCUUUCACUAUAUUGAAUAUUUUUUCACAUUUUAUAUAUUUUCUUAACAUUUAUAUUCAAUAAUUCUUCGUCAUUCUAGCCUUUGUUAAUUCCUUAUAUCUGUUUAUCUGUAUCUAUGCAAGUUCCUCUCAAUACCAUUUCUGCAAGAUCAGGCACAGCAGGUUCUCUGUCAAUAACCAUCACUUUCACUGACAGGCUGUUGGAAGUUUUCUCCGCUUGACAGUAUUAUGACAGGAGGGCCAACACUCUCUGCAGUUUGUCUACCAUAUGUUGAA